AUGAUUCGAGGUGUUUACAUUUGUCUGCUGAUCGCGAUCGUUGCAACAGCUGCCUCAGCGGCUUCAGCCAAUGCUGCCACUGAUGCGGAUAAAUCCCGUUUGGCGGGCAUCUUUGUCAAGGAUGGCAACGAGAACGGACAGUUGCGUUUCCUUGCCGCCGGCCUGAAUGGCAAUGUUAACAAUAACAACAAUAAUGGACUCAAUGACGCACUCAAUCAAUAUAUCACCAAUAAACAGGACAUGCUGGAGCAACUGCGUCCAACAAACACAAAUAGCGGAACAGGUGCCAUCUAUGUGAAUCUGGGUAACGGUGCUGUCACGGGUACGGGUACGGGUACAGGUACGGGUACUGGUACAGGUACACUUACUACUUCCCCAACCGGCACCACAACUUCUGGCACUGGAAUUAGUAACAAUCAGGCCGCCUUGAACCAGGUCAUCUAUGGCUCCACACCGGUCAACAAUUUGCUGCCACAGAUCAUUGCCCAGGGGGUGGCACAACGCCAGCGCCCCGCAGGCGGCAACACUCGCCGCGGUGUCGUGCAACGUCGCCGACGCGUUAACAACAAUGGACAACGGCGUCGCCGCAAAGGCAACAAGGGCAAGAAUGGCAAAAAGCGCCCCCAGGUCGUUGUUGUGCGUCCCAAUCGCGGCUGA